AUGCACACUCUCUCCGCACUCGCUCUUGGGCUCCUUUCCGCAUCCCAGCUGGCCCGCGGCCUGCCAACGAAGCGUGAAGUUCCACAAGAACAUUCUCACCAGUCGAUCAUUACCUCCGUCCAAACUUCUCUCCAGUUGAACAACCCCAAUGGGAUCGUUGAUUCUGUUUUCGGGUUGUUGGGGAACGCUGCCGCUGCUGGCGGGGCAGGCAACACCACUGAUCUCGACUGCCUGCAACAAGCCACUGCAGACCAAGCGUUUACCAAUGCCAAAGCCGCCGGUAACGUACAAGGCAUGGUCGACGCCCUCAUCUACCGCGCUCUGGAGCGUAACACCGGCGCUGUGGGACUUGCUUCCAACUCAUGCACCACCCUCACCGCCGUAAACCCCGAGAUCGCGGCCAUCUCGCAGCAUCAGGACCCUGCCUCGCCCAACGCUGCCAGCACGAACAAAGCCAUCGUCCUCGUGCUUGCUCAGCAGAUUGCGAGUGUAGGCGGAAACCCACAGGACGCGCUCAAGAGCGGCACAUUCGCCCCGGGGCAGAUUGGCGACCCUACGGCCAAGGGGAACACGUGUGAUGACGCUAAUGAUCCGAAUGGGUGUAUCUUUACCCAGAACUUGCUUGUGGACGAUGCGACUGCGGCGGAGAUCGACGCGGCUGUUGCUGGGACUUCGAACUCGAACAAUACGAGCACCGUGUCGACGGGUGGCAGCGCCUCUAAUUCGACGACAGGCACCGGUAAUGACGGCACUUGUAAUCCUGUCGGAGUGGACGUGACCGUCACAAGCACCGCGGCAGCGACGGCCAUCUCUAACUCUACAGUGGCGUCAGCUACAAGUAUCUCGACCGUGUCUACCGGCUCGUCUAGUUCAGGCACCAGCGCCAACCUGCAGACCUUUACUGGUGCUCGUAACACCGGGGCUUCCUCGUCCGCGGCUGUCGUGGCCGCAUCUACGACUCAGGCUGUUGCUGCCGCUACCGCGACUGCCAUCUCGACCGUAGCGUCUGGCACGAACUUGCAGACGUUUACUGGCGCUCUCGGCGGUAUUGCCCCUCCCCCUGUCGUCGCCGGUGGCAAGGGGUUCGUAACCGACAAUUCUGACUUUGUCAACCUCGCCGCUGCACUUGGCAGGUCGUGUGACGUACAACACAAUGCCUGCGCGGACCAAGCGAACUCGCAGCAUCAGACUCCCUUCUCGGUCUCGGACUGUGAUCAACAGGAUACGCAAUGUAAAGCUGCAGGUAGUGCAUGA